GGAGGUGCUGCUAAACCGGCUGAAGAACUCUCAGGUGGAGGAUGCUGCAGCGGGCGGCGAGCAACGCCUACUCGUGGUGGUGGGCGAGCCACAUCCGCACCAGGCAGUCCAAAUGGCUCGACAGCAACCUCCAAGAUAUGGAGGACAGGGUCAAGUGCAUUCUCUUACUCCUUGGGGAGGAAGCCGAUUCUUUUGCAAAGAGGGCAGAAAUGUAUUACAAGAGGCGGCCGGAGGUGAUCAGUUCUGUGGAAGAAGCGUACCGGGCGUACAGAGCUCUUGCUGAGCGCUAUGACCACAUGUCAGGAGAGCUACACAAAGCAAACCACACUGUUGCUACCGCCUUCCCUGAACAGGUUCAGUAUGCUAUGCUAGAAGAAGACGAUGACAGUCUCCCAAAGGCGUUCACGACAGUUGAUCCUCGCAAAAUCCACAAGUCAACAGUCGAGGGGCUAAUGAAUAAGAAGAAAGGAGGGAAGCCAGGACUCAAGGGUUCAGGCAAGAAUUCUGCAGCUCCAGUCAGCAAGGAGAAUGCGCAAACAGAGAUCAGCAGGAUCCAGAAAGAGAUAUUAGUGCUUCAGACUGAAAAAGAGUUCAUCAAGAGCUCUUAUGAGAGUGGAAUUGCAAAGUACUGGGAUCUUGAAAAGCAAAUCAAUGACAUACAGGAAGAAGUCUGCUACUUCCAACAGGAGUUCAACGAAAGUGCAGUGAUUGAAGAUGACGAGGCCAGAGCUCUGAUGACAGUAACUGCCCUUAAAUCUUGUGAAGACACCAUUGUCAAAUUGCAGGAACAUCAAAACUCCGCAUUCAGCCAAGCAGUGGUUGAGUUGGAAAGGGUCAACAUUUCCAGAGAGAAACUGAAGAAUAUCAUGAGAGGACAUGGUAAAUCCCUUGUAGGUUUAGAUUCUCUUUACGAGAAUGUGAGAAAAAAUGAUGCCAGUGUUAAGAUGGAUGAUGUGUACUACUCUAUGAAGCUGGAGACAAUCGAAACAGAAGGAUUGGUACAUAAGAUCAAGCAAUACUUUCAGAAAGACUCAGAUGUUUCCGUGGCUGAGAUUGCAGAGCAAAUUGAUGAACUAGUCAAUAAAGUCGUGGAUUUGGAACUUAUGGUUUCAUCACAGACUGCGAAAAUAGAUAGGCUGUGUCUGGAAAACACAGAGCUGGAGAAGUCCUUGCAGGAACUGGAAGAAGAGAACAUAGAAGUAACAAGUGGCUCAAGUGAAUUAAACGACAAGCUUGAGAAGGUACAAGAUGAGCUGAUGAGAGUGCAGCACCUUGAGAGCUCCUUCCAUGCAGAAGAAAGUAUAGUCUAUUCAAAUUUCGCUGAAACAGCAAGUAGUUUCUCUUGUAUUACAGAUAUGUUGCAGUCACCUCCCGUUGAGCACCAAGCUGGUUCUGCGUCCAUGCUGACUGAUGAAGCAACACCAUCCGCUGACACCGAAUUAUCUGGAGAGAGUGGGAAUAGAAAAUUAGAAGAGGAUCUUCACAUGGAUAAAGCCACGAUAAAGGAUGACAUAGAUGGAUUGCCUGAUUGUUCCGGUAAGUUGGAGCUAGCUAUCGUCAGUGAUAACAGUCAGAUAUCUAAUGGUUGCCAUGACAUUAAGGGGGGAAAACAAGACUGCUCAGAUGAUUCAGAGGAUUUGUGGCAUUGUGGGCUCGAAAGAAAAUCUAGCUUUGAAGCUGCAUCAGUAGAUAAGGAAACAGCAGAAAAUGCAGACAAUAAUGCAUUUGGAGAACAUAACGAUACAGAAGUGGAAUAUGAUCAUGAAAUUGUCAGCGACAAUGGCAGUAGCAUGCAACCCUAUGUUGUACAUUCCCAUCAGCAGGCCUUAUUAGAUCAAUUGCAUCAUAUUUCAUCUGCUGUACCAGGAGAUCAUGGUGUGAAGUCAGAGGAUGACAAGCAGUAUUCGUCAACAAUGGGUCAGAGCAAAUCUGAAGGCCACCCAGAACAAGAGAUGAACAAAACAGAAGACUCAGAAGCCUCAUGUAUCAUGGAAAAUUCUGCCCCUGGUAAUGGAAAAGUUGGUAGCAUUGGAGAUCAAGAGGAGAACAUGUUCAAGCUGCAGCAAUUGCUUAUGUGUGGGCUCCAAGAUAAGGAAAAGGUAUUAUUGACCGAGUACACUUCUAUCCUCCGAAAUUAUAAGAAUGCAAAGAGAAGGCUUACGGAAGUGGAGACAAAGAAUCAGGAAUGUGUGGAUGAGAUGAAGGCUAUGCUAAGCGAACUACGCCGUGCCAAUGAAAUGAAGGACGACGAGAUCCGAUCACUACGUGAACUCUUGAACUGUUCUACUGAUAAAGAUGCAACACACAAUGGACAAAAAAUGAAUAAAUACACGCCCUUAAGUUUCAAGAGUGGGAAUGGGACAUUCAGGGGGCACCAAAGGACCCCAAGCUUUUUGCCAGUUCAUCAAAGGAAACAUAGUGCUACUUCCACUUCAAGGAUAACCAUGAAGAGUUCUAGCCUGAAAAAUAGUGUAAGCCUUGAAUCCCCUAGCAAAGAUGCUGGAACAGAUGAUGCUGUUCUGGAUAGCAUUGAUCUGGGUGACCUCAGAUUAACUAACAUUAUUGAGAUGGAGAUGGCCUCACCUCUUGAAGACAAGUUCAGAAGAGACAUCGAUGGGCUUCUGGAGGAGAACCUAGAGUUCUGGAUAAAAUUCAGCACAUCAUUCCAAAAGAUACAAGAACUUCAGACCAAGCAUGCGCAGCUACAAUCUGAGAUUGCCAAGCUAAUAAAUGGGGACAAGCCCAUGCAAAGCAGCGGUCGUGCAAAUGAUCCUGCUGCAAAAGCUUUAUCUGGAGCUGUAGAAAAGCAGCUAAGAGAACUUAAGAUUGAACUGCAAGUAUGGUUAGAACAGAAUGCUAUGUUCAAAGGGGAGCUCCAGUGUAGGUUUGCUUCGCUCUGUAGCAUACAAGAGGAAAUCGAAGCAGCUAUGGAGGUGGACGCGGACACCGUGGAGGGAGUUCAGUUCACUUCAUAUCAGGCUGCAAAAUUCCAAGGGGAAAUCCUGAACAUGAAGCAGGAGAACAACAAGGUCGCUGAUGAACUGCAGGCUGGCUUGGAUCAUAUAAGAGGGCUACAAGCAGAAACCGAAAAGGUCAUGGCGAAGAUACUGAAGAGCACUAGCUUAUCUGGGGGGCCACAAGGCAGCAGCACUUGGAGGAAUGCACCCUCUAAAUCAAGAGUGCCACUCCGGUCAUUCCUGUUUCCAUCCAAGAAAAAGAAACUGUCGCUGCUGGCAUGCAUGAAUCCGGCAUUACAGAAGCAGUACAGUGACAUGGCCUUCGUCGGUAAAAUUGAAUAGGCACUCCUGUGUGCCCUCAACGCCAGACAGCUUCAUUUGGCUAAUUUCAGUUUGUUUUUUUGAAAGAUCAAGCAAAUGCUGGCUUUCCACGUAUUAGCAGGAGACUAAUUUCAGUUUUUUUAGAUCAACAAAAAAACAUGUGAUCAGGUUAGAGUUUACAGAUCAGCUAUUUCUGUGGAGAGGACAUGAAAUGCAUGCAGGUGCAUACUUUUUAAAUUAUGGCAUUGAAAAUUUCUCAUUA